GGUGAUAAGGGUGUGACUUUAAAUCAUGGACCACUAGAAGGUAAAUCACCACUACCAGCAUCAGAUGAUGAUAAAGCACCAGCACCAGAAGAUGGUAAACCAGAAGAUGAUAAAGCGCAAGUACCAGCUGAUGAUAAACCAAAAGAUGGUAAAGCGCCAGCACCAACCGACGGUAAAGCACUAGCUACAGCAAAAACACCUACAGCAACUCCAUCUCCAGCG